CUUUGUAGCUGUUGGAGCGAAUUGCAGAGGAAGAGUUCUUUCCAACAAAAGCAUAUCCGCGAGUAUUUUCUUCGUGGUCGCAAUCCCCUCCCACUAGUCGUCAUGGUCCGUUACGCUGCCGUUCCCGAGAACCCCGCCAAGUCCGCCAAGGCGCGGGGCUCUUACCUUCGCACCCACUUCAAGAACACCCGAGAAGUGGCCAAGACCAUCUCCGGCAUGAAGCUUCGUAAGGCCGUUGCGUUCCUUAACGACGUGAAGGAGCACAAGCAGGCUGUUCCCUUCCGCCGGUUCUCGGGCGGUGUUGGUCGCACGGCGCAGGCUAAGGUCUGGGGUGUAACUCAGGCGAGGUGGCCCCAAAAGUCUUGCGAGUUCAUGUUGGGUCUCCUUAAGAAUGCUGAGAGCAACGCUGAGGUGAAGGGUCUCAACAUCGACAACUUGGUCGUUCGUCACAUUCAGGUCAACCAGGCCCCCAAGCAGCGCCGUAGGACUUACCGUGCCCACGGUCGUAUCAACCCCUACAUGAGCCACCCCUGCCACAUUGAGUUGACUCUUGUUGAGGAGGAGAAGCAGGUUCAGAGGGAGGAGCAACAGCUGGUGCAAAAGUUGUCCAAGAGGAGACAGGUUCGCGCCCGGGUUCAGGCUGCUCGUGCACCCGCUGCCACUGCUUAAGUGAUGAUAUAGUACCGAUUUGGUGUAAUAUAUUCUCGGUUGCUUGUUUGCUGGAAGUGAA